UUAGAAGUGAAACGAUCAAACACACCGGAAGUUGGUGACGAAACUGUUAUAAUAACUAGGAGUGCUGCUUAGAAUGAACUGUGAAUACUGUGAGAUGUGUCAUUAUUAUGACGCUUUGAUUGGAACUAACACCAUCUACCGUGACGGUUCAUGGAUGAGAGAUUUACCCGAUGUCGUUACGUCUUCCUUGAAGCUUCGUUCGACAAAUGUUGUGCAAAUUGGACGUCAGUUGCGAUUGAUAGCUGAUAGCAUGUCGCACGACAGCAAGAUGAGAAAGAAAGAUGAAGAUCACAACUCGCGAGAGUCACACUCAACUCGUCAUUGGACAGUGACUUUACUUCGUCUGACUCUACUUGUUCAGUUCAGUCUCCCCUGGCGAUUCUUCGAGAGAAACAUACUGUACAUGUCUUGAAGAACUGAGUAACUUUGUGAAAGUCUCAAAACUAUCACCUCUUAUUAACGAUUGGAACAACUUGGCGUGAAAGCUUGACAAGCAAUAUCUGUUGAAGAUUUGACAAAAAAAAAAAGUUUUCAAAGCAAUAUCUUUCCAAUUGAAAACAAUCAUCCUCUCUCUUGUUUAGCCUUUUCAAGCAAUUAACUAAUUUAUUAUUAGAAAUAGAAAUGAUUGGUUUAAAAAAGCAAAACUGUUAUAUAAUACUUUAGCUGGGAUGACAUUUCUUUAACAUUGUGUUUCAUGCCCG